AUUAUUGUCAGCUGACAACACCGGUUUAGUGAAUAAAGCGGGGGGGGGGGGUUUCUCGGGAUGCUGAAAAACAAAGCCUUUGAUAACGUUACAUCCCUGGCUAAACUUGUGUAUGUUUUGUCAGUUGUAUGUAUGGUAUGACAUAAAACACAGUUUGUCGGGGGCGAUUAUCUACGAACUGCUUGAUUAUUUGAUUAUAGUUUGCGAGCGGAGACACGAUGGAUGAUUAUGAGGAGACUAGACCACUGCUGGUCAACGAUGAGCUGACAGACGAGGACAGAUCGGAGCAGGACUCAUAUCUAGAUAAAGUUAAGAAUGGGAAGCUGUACAUGGCUACAUUCGCAGCAGUUCUGGGACCCCUGAGUUUUGGCUUUGUCCUGGGUUACAGCUCUCCUGCCAUACCUCAACUCCGCAAAAUCCAAGACCCAAGACUGCAGCUCAGCACAGAGGAAGCUUCCUGGUUUGGGUCCGUGGUGACCAUAGGUGCAGCUCUUGGGGGUCUCCUUGGAGGAUGGGUUGUCGAGAGGAUUGGACGAAAAUUGAGCCUUAUGUUCUGUGCAGUACCAUUCAUCUGUGGGUUUACCGUCAUUAUCGCUGCUGAGAGCCACUGGAUGUUGUAUGUGGGCAGAGUGUUCACUGGUCUAGCCAGUGGAGUGACUUCUCUUGUUGUGCCUCUUUACAUCUCUGAAACGGCUCAUGAGCGUGUUAGGGGAACUAUGGGAUCGUGUGUGCAACUAAUGGUUGUGACCGGCAUUAUGGGAGCCUAUAUAACAGGUUUGUUCCUGGACUGGCAAUGGUUAGCAAUCACAUCCUCUAUCCCUCCCACACUAAUGCUGGUAUGUAUGUGCUUCAUGCCGGAGACGCCACGAUUCCUGCUCUGCCGAGGGAAAAAGAGAGAGGCAGAGGAGGCCCUCCGCUUCCUCAGGGGUCCUGAUGCCCCGGCAGAGUGGGAGUGUGCUAGAAUAGAAGAGGCCUACAAAAAUGAAGAGCAAAGCUUCAGUCUGGCGGAUUUGAAGGACCCUGGUGUCUUUAAGCCUUUAGGCAUAGGCAUUAUGAUGAUGCUCCUCCAGCAAAUGACUGGCAUUAAUGCCAUCAUGUUUUAUGCAGAGACAAUCUUCGAGCAGGCCCAUUUUGAAAGCAGCGAUGUGGCCACUGUUAUUGUUGCAGCCACUCAGGUGGUCUUCACUGCUAUUGCUGCUAUUAUCAUGGACAAGGCUGGGCGGAAAGCUCUCCUCAUCUUGUCUGGUGUCACCAUGUGUGUUAGUGAAGCAGUGUUUGGAGUAUAUUUCAAGUUGACUGUGAAGCAUAAUAACUCCUCACUGAUGAGUGUACUAACAGACGCCCAGGGUUCUCUGGCAGAGCAGCCUCCUACAGACCUGGCCUGGCUGGCUGUGGGAAGCAUGGGCCUUUUUAUUGCAGGUUUUGCUCUUGGUUGGGGUCCUACUCCUUGGCUGGUGAUGUCUGAGAUCUUUCCCACGCGAGUGAGGGGAUUGGGCAGUGCUCUGUGUGUGCUUACCAACUGGACCUGUGCCUUCAUUGUCACCAAGACCUUCCAGAACCUCAUGGAUGCCAUAACCAGCGCAGGGACAUUCUGGAUGUUCUCAGGACUGUGUGCUCUCAGUGUCAUCUUCACUGCUAUUUUUGUCCCUGAGACCAAAGGCAAAACUCUGGAGGAGAUUCAAGCCCGUUUUAAGGGGACUCAUCAGCACUAGACAAGUUUUCUCCUUAGUGCCAAGUUGCCAACACCAACAUUUUGAAAAAACAAACUAGUUGCAAUGACAUGUUAGAAGCAUCUCAUUAUGUUUUAAAAUAAUGUAAAAGUUUACAUAUCAAUUAUGUGUGUUUGAUACUUUCUUAAUGUGAUUUGUCAUUGAAUUAGCAUAAAUAGCGGCUGAUGUGAUAUAUUUUCAAGCAGUCUUCAAGAAUG